AUGCAUGGAAAAAAGCAUCCAGCAAAGAAUUCCAAUCCCCAAUCGUGGGGCCCAUGGAGUGAUUGGAAAUGGGACCAUAUCCAACAAAGAUGGUAUGCAGAACGAUUCGAUUACCAAGGCAACGUUGAGUGCCAAUAUGACAACGAUGCGCCUACCGCCGGUGAUCGUGACAGCACGCCUCGCACCGAAGGGGAGAUCGAUCAACUGACGGCGGGUCUUGGUGACCUUAACGUCAACUCCGGCUACGACCAAGGCAUCGGCUACGCAGACCAGGGCGGUUUGUCAGUAAGCAGUUCUAUUCCUGAUAUUCCCACAUCUCCACAGUAUAUACACGAUUCGUCUUACCACGACCGCCAUGGCUAUUCGCAUUCGCAUUCGCAUAGGGACAAAGGUAAAGGGAUAUCAAACGCCGCUUCCCACGAUAGCCACUACGAUGGUUAUGACGAUUAUGACGACGGACAGAGUCAGUCUGGCUCGGUUCAUCCGGCAGCAAGUUCGUACAGUCAACAGAAUUAUUCUGAACAUAUAGGCUCGGCAUUUGAAUCAGAAGACCAUGGAAUGCCCAACACACCAUUGUUUUCGAGCGGUAGUGCAGGCGGCACUAGCAGUUCCUAUUAUUCGCACUCAAGCGACCACGACGACUACGAACUCCAACAGGCGCUGAAGAACAGUCGCGAUGAACUGCUCGGGAAUAAUCGCCCUGGCGGGCCAUCUACUUCAGGAGGUCAAUACGAUCCGGGGACCAUUUACCCUGGUACCUACGAGCUGAGCCCUAAUUUUGACGUUGGUGAUGGUGAAACAACCCCCCGCGGCACGCCAGUUCCAUCGCGAACUGAUUAUGUAGACACAUCUGUCAUUCGCGGAACCCCGGGGAAUGUGGAGCCGGUUGACCACCGGUUCGUUGUAGAGCAUUCUUACAAGUUUCAACCCGGUGAGGUAUUUAAAAUCUUGUGGUCAGAGCCUACAGGUCAAGUGGCCGGCGAUGCAACAAUAUCCGAUAUCAGGGCCAUACAUGACGCGCGGGGUGAUUUCUAUGUUGGCUUUCGAAGGUUUAUAAUAGUGUCUACAGAUGAGAGUCAUCAUAGCACCUGCGUGCCCAUCUUGACGUACGAUCGACGAGGUUGUGGUAAAAAAGGUGUCCGACCUAGUAAACAUGGUAUCAUUUAUGCAGUAGGGCAGAAGCCCAAACUCUUGCGGAAUGAACCUGAGCUAGGGUUUGACCCAGUACCACUCGAGAUCUACGCUGACGGGGAAACACUCGCAAGAGAAUCCCGGGUCAACUACUCGAAGCUUGUUACCAUUGAACACAACGUCAAGGUGUUCUUCAUUGGCCGCAUCCCCUACCAUUACUUUGAGAGCGUCUCACACGCAGUCGACAAAUGUUGGAGCGACAAAAUGCACAAGUCGAGCAAGAGGACGAGAAGAUGAAAUCUACCGCAUAAAUGCAAAACGUUCCGCUUACCCUCUGGCCAUCCGAGGCUGUUUUUGAACAGCACCUAUACAUCAAUUACGUUGAGAUAGGGGAAUGCUUGUUCCCCCCUUUCCUCCCGUCGCUUCUAUUCUAUAUAGCAGCUGACGAUGAUCUUUUAUUUACCUUAAGAACUACGUUUUUUUUUGGGUUUGUUUUUUCCCCCUACAUUACUUUCUCUGCAGUCAUGUCAUGAUUGGAGGGCACGAUGGUAAAAUUUACGACAGACAGACCGUCCAUGAGCAUUAGAUAUGAUAGGGCAGUCAGAACGAUACAGGCUCAGUCAGCAUAUUUCUCUUGAAUCUGACGACGUAACGCGCGUUCUUUUUUUUCUUUUUCUUUUUCUUUUUUCUCUCUAACUCCCGUAUUCUGAGGUUUUUCUUUUCUUUUCUUUUCUUUUCGUUCUUAUUUUGCUGACUUUUCAAAAACAAGUUCCCUCCCUGUCUUGUUCUCUUCCUCCCA